AUGCCACCGCACUGGACAGAGGUGUUUGAGACACCCCCACCCCGGCCAGUGGCCCGAGAAAAUGAAGAGGUGAACGGCACGGCGGCCGUCGGGGGUCUGGUGGUGAGCGCGCAGGGUGUGGGCGUGGGCGUCUUCCUGGCUGCCUUCAUCCUCAUAGCCGUGGCGGGCAACCUGCUUGUCAUCCUCUCUGUGGCCUGCAACCGCCACCUGCAGACGGUCACCAACUAUUUCAUUGUGAACCUGGCCGUGGCCGACCUGCUGCUGAGCACCACGGUGCUGCCCUUCUCGGCCACCAUGGAGGUUCUGGGCUUCUGGGCCUUCGGCCGGGCCUUCUGCGACGUGUGGGCCGCCGUGGACGUGCUGUGCUGCACGGCCUCCAUCCUCAGCCUCUGCACCAUCUCCGUGGACCGCUACGUGGGCGUGCGCCACUCCCUCAAGUACCCCGCCAUCAUGACCGAGCGCAAAGCGGCCGCCAUCCUGGCGCUGCUCUGGGCCGUAGCCCUGGUGGUGUCCGUGGGGCCGCUUCUGGGCUGGAAGGAGCCGGUGCCCCCCGAUGAGCGCUUCUGCAGCAUCACCGAGGAGGCAGGCUACGCCGUCUUCUCCUCCGUGUGCUCCUUCUACCUGCCCAUGGCCGUCAUCGUGGUCAUGUACUGCCGUGUGUACGUGGUAGCGCGCAGCACCACGCGCAGCCUUGAGGCGGGAGUUAAGCGUGAGCGGGGCAAGGCCUCCGAGGUGGUGCUACGCAUCCACUGUCGCGGCGCCACCUCGGGCGCAGACGGGACACACGGGGGUAUGCGCAGCACCAAGGGCCACACUUUCCGUAGUUCGCUGUCUGUGCGCCUGCUCAAGUUCUCCCGCGAGAAGAAGGCAGCCAAGACACUGGCCAUCGUCGUGGGCGUCUUUGUGCUCUGCUGGUUCCCCUUCUUCUUCGUUCUGCCGCUAGGCUCCCUGUUCCCGCAGCUGAAGCCCUCUGAGGGCGUCUUCAAGGUGAUCUUCUGGCUCGGCUACUUCAACAGCUGCGUGAACCCACUCAUCUACCCGUGCUCCAGCCGCGAGUUCAAGCGCGCCUUCCUCCGCCUCCUACGCUGCCAGUGCCGGCGGCGCCGGCGCCGCCGCCCCCUCUGGCCCCUCUAUGGCCACCACUGGAGGCUGCUCGGGCCGUUCCGAAGACCCACCACCCAGCUGCGUGCCAAGGUCUCCAGCCUGUCGCACAAGAUCCGCGCCGGGAACCCGCAGCGUGCAGAGGCCGCGUGCGCCCUGCGCUCGGAGGUUGAGGCUGUGUCCCUAGGCGUCCCCCAGGACGUGGCCGAGGGCGCCACCUGCCAAGCCUAUGAACUGACAGACUACAGCAACCUCCGAGAGACGGAUAUUUAA